AUGGGAUGCUGUGCAGAUAGAGAAGCUCGCCAAGAUGGUAUGGCUGAUCUUAAAUCUUCAGAUCAGUCCACUGCAAUUCAGGCCACAAAAAGUCUAAAGCGUGACUUGAAUGAGCCUACAAAGUCUUUAUCAAAAAGUCAAUCAUCUAGAAUUUCAAAAUCAAAUAAAAAACAAGCAAAUAGCAAAACUAAUGCUAAUGAGUUGAAUAAAUGAAUUAGUAAAAAUGAUUUCGUGAAGACAGAUAAAGAAUAUAUAAAGACAAAAUAUACUUAAGUUAUACUUUUAGAUCUAAUUUGGUUAAAUUUGUCCAAGAAUAUAAUUAUCUUGAUCUUAAUUAUUCUUAUUUCCCCUCCGUGAGAGAAAUAAACCAAUGGAAAAUAUCUAUUUUUUGCCUAAGAUCCACCCACAGAGCGAACAAAAAAUUUUGAAAUAUGAUAUUUACCCCAAAAAUAUAAAUUUUCUAAUAGUUUUGUUUGCUCAUGGAGGGGAGUAAGUGGUCUAUUUUGGUAAUAAGCUAUAAAUUAAAAAAUAUUUACCACCUUCGUGAGCAAGCAAAUUCAUUAAAGAGCUUAAAGCGUGCUUGCAGUAUAUCAGUUCAUAAAAAGACUUUCUGUAGGGUCUUUCGGCUACAUCAUGCUUGUAACAGACAAAAAAACAAAUGAAAAUAAAAUAAUUAAAGAAAUACAAAAAACAUUUCUAAGUGUUGAAAUGCAGAAAUGUGUAUGCUCUGAGUCAGAAAAACUGUAUUUUCUUGUAUAAGUUACUUAAUCCUAUCAUCCUAUUUUGAGCAAUUCUCCAGAUUUCGAUUAAGGAGAAAUAAAAAAAUCUUGGAAAAAUUAUAGAUGCUUCAUAUUGAUUUAUUAAAAUAAAAAAACUAAUAUAUGAUUCCAAAGCUUUGGGGACCUUUAAAUAUAAUCAUUCGAUCAAGGAUUACAAGAGUUAGGAUCAUCCAAAUAUUGUAAAGCUUUAUGAAAUUGUAGAAGACAAUCAAAGUUUUUAUCUUGUUUCUGAAUAUUAUCCUGGAGGAGAUCUUUUCGAAAAAAUUUUAGAAAACCCACUUAUAGCUCCUAAGUGCAACUUAAUCUCUAUAGAGUCAACCCAGCACCUCUCUUACUUUGAGAGUUAAGCAGGAUUGGCCAAUCUUGAGUAGAUUUGCCCCAAAAUUGAAUAUAUUAGAUCUUUUUGAUAAGAUUAAUGAAUCCGAUAGUGAGAUACAAGGUUUCGCAACCUAUACUCUUUAAUAAAAAAAUUGAAAACCUAAUUUGGACGGAAUUUUUAAAAAUUGGAAUUUUAUAAAAAUAUUCUCAAUACAAAUUCAUAGAAAAAUUACUAUAAGGCGCGGAUUUUCAUGAAGCUGCGAAGGUAGUGAACAAUUAGCGAAAAAAUAUAUGCAAGAUAUUUUAAUUGCUGUAAAUUACUGUCAUAGCAGAGGUGUAAUUCAUAGAAACAUCAGGCCUGAAAACAUAAUUUUCAGCACAAACCAGGCUGAUGGUGUUCUAAAGCUAACAGAUUUUGGUUCCAUCUGGCAAGCAUCAGCUAACAGUUGCAAAGUUUGGUCUGUAACUUCUAUUUAGAUUCACUAUAUGGCUCCUGAAAUGAUUAAAGGAUCUCUAAAUAAGCGCGCAAGUGAUAUAUGAAGCAUCGGAGUUAUUCUAUAUGUUAUGCUCACUGGUAAACCUCCUUUUGUUGGUAAGACUGAAAAAGAACUUAUUGCCAGUAUAAAUAAAGGCUUAAGCCUUGGUGAUAAAGAAUUAGCUUUUUACUCUGCAGAACUAAAAGAUUUAAUAUCGAAAAUGCUCGAUCUCAAUUAUAAGCAAAGAAUCUCUGCACUUGAUGCACUUAACCACCCAUGAUUCUCAAUUUCAAAUGCAAGCCAAGAAAGCAAAAAUUUCGAGGAGUCACUGAAAUUGCUUGCUCAAUUUAAUGUAACACAUAUUCAGGCACAGUCAAAAAUAGAAAAAUCCAUUUACCAGUAUAUAGUUUCACAGUUUUCCAAUCAAUGUGAAGAAAAAGCAUAUAUCGAACUGUUUAGGAAACUCGAUAAGGACCAUAAUGGAAUUUUGAGUAGAGAGGAACUGAUAUCCGGAUGCAGAGCUUUAGGUGUCUGUGAAGAAAGUAAUGUUGAGGAGAUUCUUGACAGAAUUGAUAUGAAUAGGAGUGGUUCUAUUGAUUAUUCAGAGUUUGUAGCUGCAGUUAUAAAUUGAAAUUCAGAAACGCAAAUAAAGAAAUUGGAGCAAGUAUUUCAGCUAUAUGAUGCAGAUGGGAACGGGACUUUAAGUUUGCAUGAAAUGAAAAAAGCUAUUCCAGGCAUUCCAAAUGCGCAAUGAAAGAAAUUUUUUAAGGAAGCAGAUAUCAAUGGAGAUGGGAUGAUAAGUACUUAUGAGUUUAAAGAAUAUGUAUUGAAAAAAAGAAAUAAUUAA